CAGGUUUGUGUAUAUAUACUCGUAACUGUGUCUACAUGUAAUCUAUCUACAAAGCACUGAACAAAACUUCUGCAAAAUCAUGGCUGAUAAUAACAGAGACAACAAGACACAAGACAAGCAGCAGCAACCUCCAGAAGGAUACCCAACAGAGAAUCACACUACUCACCCUACUAGGAAGAAAUGCUGCCCUCAAACAAAGAAGAAAGGAGACAGAGGCUUCAUUGAAGGAUGUCUCUUUGCUCUGUGCUGCUGCUGGAUUUGUGAAGAAUGUUUCUGAAUCUUCGCUAUGUAUCAUCAUGGCCCAGCUUCUAGCUUCUAGUCUUUCACUGGCUUGUCAUCUAUAUGUGUUCAGAUGUUUUUCUAUUUUUCCUUUUUCUGUCUUAAGUAAAUUGGUUGUAUGAUAUAUAGCUUGUCGCCCCCUAUGGCUGUAUAAUGAAGUGAUUCCUACUCC